CUUUUUUUUAUUGCAGCUUGAUAUUCCACUUGUUCAACCAUUUUUGUUUUGUUUCAUCCAAUAAUUUUAGCAAAAUCAAGGCCACAUGAAUGGAAGCAGCAGAAUUGAUACUAGAAAAAAUUCUUGUCCAGAGAUGGUCAAAGGCUGUUAAACCAAAUUCCAAAGCCCUGCCUGCAUCGCCUAUCCACAUUGACCUCUGACGUGACCAGGCCACCACGGUUCGAGACUCGGGACCCUUAAUUCACGCUCAAGGGAAACCCUGAUAUAAAUAGCGUCGGGCAUACUGAAACCAAGAGAGAGAGAAAGGAGAGAAGAAGAAAGGGGGAGGAGAAGAAGAUCAGAUCGGAGAAAAUGAUAGAGGUAAAUUGCCCAGACUGCAAGAAGCAGACGGAAGUUGUGUUUGAUCAUUCGGCAGGAGACACGGUGUGCCUGGAGUGUGGGCUUGUGCUGGAGGCACACUCGAUCGACGAGACGUCGGAGUGGAGGACGUUCGCUAAUGAGGCGGGGGACAACGAUCCAGUGCGUGUUGGAGGGCCCUCUAAUCCUCUGCUCACCGAUGGCGGCCUCUCCACUGUAAUUUCCAAGCCCAACGGCCAGUCUGGAGAUUUCCUCACGUCCUCGCUUGGCCGCUGGCAGAACCGCGGCUCCAAUCCCGACCGGUCGCUCAUCAUGGCCUUCAAGACCAUCGCCACAAUGUCAGAUCGGUUGGGUCUUGUUGCAACUAUAAAGGAUCGAGCAAAUGAAAUUUACAAGAAGGUUGAAGAUUCAAAGUCAAUUCGGGGAAGAAAUCAGGAUGCCAUCUUAGCUGCUUGCCUCUAUAUUGCAUGCAGGCAAGAGGAUAAACCUCGUACAGUGAAAGAGAUUUGCUCAGUUGCAAAUGGAGCUUCAAAAAAGGAAGUGGGCCGAGCAAAGGAGUUCAUUGUGAAACAGCUAGAAGAAGAAAUGGGUAAAUCCAUGGAGAUGGGAACAAUUCAUGCUGGGGACUUUUUGAGACGUUUUUGUUCACAUCUUGGCAUGAAUCAUCAGACUGUUAAAGCUGCUACAGAAGCCGUAAAGAAGUCAGAGGAGCUUGAUAUAAGGAGGAGCCCCAUUUCCAUUGCAGCAGCAGCAAUCUACAUGAUAUCUCAACUGUCAGAUGACAAAAAACCUCUUAAAGAUAUAUCACGAGCUACAGGAGUAGCAGAGGGUACAAUCAGGAACUCAUAUAAGGACUUAUAUCCCCAUGCAUCAAGGCUGAUACCAGAUUGGUUUGCAAAGGAGGAAGAUUUGAAAAAUUUGUGUGCCCCUUAAUGAUUUAAAUUAAGGACAUGAGAUUUAAGAUUCAUUUUCUGGCUAUUAUUUACACAGCAGCCAUGUGGGAAACUGGGCUCUUGGCAAAAUACUUGAAUUGUUCUUAAUUUAAAUUUUGACAUUGUUGGAGGCAAGAUAGGUUGCUUGAAUCAGAGCUGGCGGUCAAUUCAUGCUAAAAUGCAUUUGCAUUUUAGUUGUAGUCUUAAUUUUUCUGGAUUACUGGACCAGUGAAGAUAGUCUCUUCCGGAUGAGGUUUUCUAAAGUUUGUUAAGGUGCAACAGGUAAAAAAUAAAAAUUAUGCUCAAUGUUUUUGCCUAAUUGUUAUCAGGGAAAGUGUAGCAUCCUUUCCUUGAUAAUAUUGGCAUACAAUUGUUGUCAUGGAGUCUCAUUCGAAAUUCAUCUAUUUAGUUGGAGAAAAUUAGCAGAUUGCUGCUUAAUAUUAUUUUCUCUUGAAUAUUUUGGAUAUCUGCUAUAUAAUGUAGAGAACAGAUGUCUGUUCUUCAAACAAGUGUAGGGACACAUAUUGAAGCAGGAUUGAACUACCAAUUUCCAAAUUUUCUUUUUUGGAUUUUUAAUAUGACAACACAAUGUUAUAAAGGCUAUAUAGAGUCGAAGCAAUGAUACCUUAUCUGCUUUUGGUGA